GAUUUCGGAAGCGGUGCCUACAGUCAGGUGCGAUCCAACUACGAGGCGUACAUCAAAGAGAUCAGUCAAUCGGGCGGUAAUGUAAUCAGAGUUUGGGUACAUAUCGACGGCCAGUGGUCACCAAAGUUUGACAGCAACGGCUUCGCCACCGGAGAGGACACACAAUCACUGGUGAAAGACUUGGGCCAACUGUUGGACAGUGCGGAACAGCACAACGUCUUUGUGAUCCUCUGUCUCUGGAAUUUGGCGGUAAAACCACAACAAAUGCUUCACUUAUACACCGAUCAGAAGAAGUUAGACUCAUAUCUGGAG